GGCAUCGCGGAUCCCCCUCCUUGACCAGGGGGAUGUGAUGACGGGAUGUGAUGGGACGGGGAAUGGAGAUUUUCGGGAAGAAGAGGGGAGCGGGACUCGGGAAGGGAAGGCAGACAGACUACGGAUACCUACGAAGACUACAGAGUAUAGUGUACGAAGUACCUAUGGAUGGAUACAUUGGAAAACAAAGUGGAAAAAGGCUACCGGGGAUCGACUCCCAUUUCUGCUUCAGCCACCCAGCCAAGCAGAAGGGCAGGAAGACGAGCAAAAGGGGGGGGCAUGUGGAAGGAAUCACUGCUUCACAGAAUGGGAAUUCUCGGUGGCAGGACACGUCCUUAUUGGCUCAAGGCCGAGUCGCUCGCCGAGGCAGUGCAGGGCCAGCGAAUCCAACAAGGCAGAAACGCACCUCUUUUUUGCCGGUUGCCUCGUUGUGAAUUUUCAACCUGGGCGCCUGAUUUUGCUCUGGUGUGUGUGUGUGUGUGUGUGUGUCUGUGUGUCCGCGUGUGUGUCUCUCCCAGAAAGUGGUUCGCCAACGCGAAUCGAGCACCCGACAGACUGGUUCGCCCAAGCCCUUGCGCGCGAUGCGCUUGCAUCUGGGCUUUGCAUUCGCAGACGACACGAGGAGGGGCGGAGCACUCGAUUACGUGCCGCAGAGACAGUCCAGGUGGCAGGCUGGAGGUAAUGCGAGUGGCCUGCUCGCUGCCCAUUCGCAGACUCUUCGUACUUAGCUGGAACUUGCAGCCUCCCUCCCCCCCCCCAAUUCUCCAUCCAAUAUUUGCGACUUCGUGGAGAGAGACGGUGCUUGGAGACAUGUCCGACGCCGACGGCCCGCUUAGCGCUGUGCGGUCCUUUCCUGCAGCCUCUUUAUGCGUGCUCCAAACUUGUUUCUCCCUCGUGCCCACGAUCGCCCAGGGAUCAUGAUACGCAUUGCGUGAGGAGCGCCUCCCAUUCGGAGGGAGCC